AUGGACUACCACUUCCUCGCCCUCUUUGACAUCAACCAGGCCCUCAGUCUGGCGGCAGAGGAGCGCGUCCAGGCAAAGUGUCUCUUCAUUCGUAGUCGCAUCCUGCAGAAGCUGGGCCAGCACGAGCACUCCUCCAGCGACCUCUUCGCCGCCUCCACCAUUGACCCGUACAAUGAGGAGAUCGCCGAAGAGCUGCUGCUGCUGCAGCAGGCAAGUGCAGCCGAGGGCGGCGGCGUCGGCAGCAGCAACCAGGAGAAGGAGCUGUUCAAGGAGAAACUGCGCGGCUAUGACCUCACCGCCAAGUGCUACUACAAGGUCAAGGUGAACUUUCACCUGGUGCAGGCGGCCAACCUGCCCACCAACCUGUGGAACUACGAGGGCGUCCGCGUGGAGGGCAUUCGGCCGUCGGCGGGGGCGGAGGUGAUUCGCAGUCACUUCAGCCUCUUCGGCGACGUCCACCAGGUGCGGCGGCUGAGCAGCCGGGCGGUGAAGGGCAGUCAAGUGUUCGUGCACUUUGACAACCCGGUGUCGGCCAGCUUCACCAUCGCCUACUUUCAGCAGCGCAUCGACGAGGAGCUGUCGGCGAAGGAGCGCGGCCUCCUCCAGCCACUGAAGCUCACCUUCGCGCCCACCGACACGCAGACCGACCUGAAGUUCGCCCGACCGAAGUACCCGGGACAGAACCGCGGCCAAGAGUGCUACUACUGGCGCACUACGCUCUGCAAUAUGGGCACUCGCUGCGCCAAGCUGCACCUUCCCGCCAGCAAGGGCAUUGACAGGCAGAUCUGGAUGAAGCACAAGGAGUGA